AUGACGGCAAGUGCGAGCCUUUCGGGAAGAUUCAGCAAAGAUAACAUCAACAGCAAUGGCACUGCGAAUGGCGCCACCAGCAUUGACGGCGCAGUGCCGGAAAACGCUGUGGCUACCUUCAAUCCCAACUUCGGUGCCUCCCUCGAUUGGUCCCCAGACGAACAGUCCAUACUUGAAGAUUUGCUCUCCAAGCGUAGCUUGCGAACUCUACAAUGCAAGAAGUGUCGCACUGAUGCCAAUAUCCAUAGUCUGGUUUUCUACUUGACUGACAUAGUUUUCACAACCGUUGGCAUUAAAUCCCAGGGCAGAGGAGAGCAGCAGCAGCGGCAACUUUUCAAAAAUCCAGCUGUAAGCAUAACAAAACUCACAUCCAUGUGGACCAAAAAUGACUCCAACAGCACCUUUCACAGCAGAGGAUCUGAUAGCCAAAAGAUGCUACCUGUAAUUCAUUAA